GACUAAUGUUUCGCGGUAACUUGAUUGAGUCACGGGCACAUCACCAACGCCCAUUAACAGACCACACAUAGGAAAUGCGCCAAGCCUCCGUGAGAACAAUAUACUUAUUCCGCUUCGACCCAUUCAUCUUCGGUCCGGCGGAUAUUUGUGCAAUAUUUGUAGCUUAUCUGAUGUAUGACAUCAACCGUAUAAGUUAGCCGCUCUGUUCGCUGCAUGACAAGCUAGCUCUGGUUCGGAAUACGUUCACUUCAACUGUCUGAACUCCCUUAUUAUCCGAAAAAAUGGCAACCCAGAUUGAUAAAGAGGGUUGCCGGGAGGCUUACAACCAAGUCAGAGACGACAAUACGGACAUCAACUGGGCUGUAUUUAAAUACCAAGGCUCCAUGAUUGUGCCUGCAGAGCAGGGGACUGACUAUGAGGACUUCAAAAAGAUGUGCACAGAUGAUGCUCGUCUGUUUUGCUUUCUGCGGAUCAUGACGGGAGACGCAAUGAGCAAGCGAGCCAAGUUCACCCUCAUCACCUGGAUUGGGGAGAGCAUCAGCGGGCUGCAGCGGGCCAAAAUCAGCACCGACAAAGCGCUGGUCAAAGAGAUUGUGCAGAACUUUGCCAAGGAGUUCAUGAUCAGUGAUCCAAAGGAAGUGGAUGAGGACUACCUUCGCACGGAGCUGAAGAAAGCAGGCGGAGCCAACUAUGAUGCCCAGGCCGAGUAGAGAAGUGCCACAGUUUACAAAAAAAAUUUUUAAAAAGAGGUUUGGGGGAGGAAAUGAUGGCUGAGAAAAUACACAAAGCAUAGACUGAACAUCCUUUUAAAACAAAAAAAGCCUCACGGGGAAAACCUUAAUUGGAGGAGGACAGGGACCUGCAAACAAGUUGAGUCACACUCUGUAUAACACGUGAAACCACUUUUAAAAAUGCACGCCUGCUGUUUCUA